GGAGGGGGCGCCGCUCUGCACCACCAAACCACAUCCUCAGCUGUCCCCAGGUCAUCUACAUGGCCUGCGACCCCAAGGGUAUCAUCACCUCCUACUACUACCUCUACCAGAUGGCCAAGAUGCACCCUGACCCCGGCACGCUGGGUGAAUUCCUGGAGACCUUCAUGGCUGCUGCCUUGCAGGACCCACGGCAGGACGUGCAGAAGAUUCUGCAGAUCCUGGGCAAGGAGAUGGUGGAGGGGAUGGUGGCGAGGAUCCUCCACCACACCUCCUUCCAGGAGAUGAGGCAGAACCCUGCCACCAACUAUGAGACCAUGCCCACCGCCCUGAUGGACCACAGCCUCUCCCCCUUCCUCCGGAAAGGGAUCUCUGGGGACUGGAAGAACCACUCCACUGUGGCCUGGAAUGAACAUUUCAACCAGCACUACCGGGAGCACAUGGCAGGCUCUGACCUCUGCUUCCGGAUGGGGAUGGAGGCAUGA